AUGUCACUUUAUCAUAAUUAUAAUGUUUUCUAUGUUGAAGAUUCCAUUACAGGUAUUACCUAUGAUAGUGGAUUAGGUAUAACAGAAGAAGCUUUAGUUAAUCGAUUUGCUGAAUUACAUGAGAGAAUGGAAUACUAUGCAGAUUUUCCUAUACGAAAUUAUUCGUUAGCAAGCCCGCCGAAAUUAAAAAUAACUAUACGAGAAUUUACUUUCGGCUUAGUAUGCACAUUUUUUGAACAUAAUAUACAUGUUAUUGUAAGUUUAACAACAUGUACAAUUGCACAAUUGAUAGAAGAACAAACUAUUCCAUAUGGUAUACCACAUAUAGCUAUACCUAGACCUACAUGUUCCAAUAAAAUUAUUAAUUAUCUUAAUAAUAAAACAACAACUACAACUAUAUGGAUUCAACCAACACCUGAACAAACUGGUAGAGCAAUAUAUGAAAUGAGUGAAAUGGAACGUGCUUCAUUAUCUUUAUUAUUACUUGAUAAACCAAACCUCGAAACAAAUUCUGCUUUAGAUUUUGUUUUACAAUCAGAAAUAAAUGAUGAAAAAUUUGUACCAUAUUUUUCAACUCAAAUGUUUUCUCUAACGAAUCAAUCCAAUCCAAUGUAUCCUACAUCAAAUUCAUAUGAUACCAUUGAUGUCUUAUUGAAACGAUUUCAACAAAUGAAAUUAAAAUCAUCAACAUUUCUUUUAAGUCAUAUAUUUCAUAUUCAAGUUAGACCGCUCGAUUUAGAUCAAUUGUAUAAUAUAUUUCAAAAUAGAUUUAUUUUUCGUAAUUUCUAUUGGAUAUUUCCAACUACAUUGACAAUCACACCGAAUGAUUUAAUUCGUGUAUCAACAACUAAUCAAUUGGAACAAGUUGCAACAGGAUUUUUUCGACAAUUUCCUAUAUUGAAUGAAGAGGAUUGUUUAAAUCUUAAUAUUGGUGAAAAUAUGCGGUUAUUAAUGAGUGAAAUAUUUAAAUGUAAUACAAAUAAUAUUACAGAACGUGAAUUAGAAGCUGUUUACAUGAUUUUAUUAUCUAGUCAAGCUACAAUCUUAAUGAAAAGUCUUUCAAUAGAUUUUCUGAAUAUUUCAUCUAUUUCAAAUUGUGAUGCUACUCCAUUACAGCCUAGACCAUAUGGUCAAUUAUUUUAUCGUAUACUUGUUAAUCUGGCAGAAUUACCGAAAUGGAAAAAUUUACUAUUCUAUUCAUUAGAAACGGAUGUAAAUGGAAAGAGUACAUUUUUACCAACUGGAAAUUUCUCAGAAAAUGGUGAUAUUGCAUUAAGUGAUUAUGGACAAGUUGUAGCAAAACAAGGUCUAUUAAGUGGUUUAUUUCCAAACACAUUUCGUUCAUUUCAAAAUAAAACGAUCAAUAUUUCAACAUCAUUUAGAACUGAUAUGAUAGCUGCACCAUUGACAAUAAACAAAGAAAGAUCAGAAGAAAUUUUCUUUGUAGGACCAUUUAUGGAAGAUACGUUAGGAAUGUUAAUAAAUGUUCCUGAACAAAGAGAAGAAUUAUUUCAAGUGUUUCUACCAUUUCGUUAUGAUAUUUGGUUAUGUUUACUGAGUGCAGUAUUUGUUGCAGCUUUUUUAAUAACAAUAUUUAGCAUAAUCAGUCCAUUCAGUGCAUGGAAUUUAGCUUUACCAGGUGCUACUUCAGAUGAAGUUUCAAUAUUUCACAGUAUUUGGUUUACAGUCGGUGGUAUGCUUAUGCAAGGGCAAGAACUGCGUGCCAUUGCUUGCUCAGCAAGAACAAUAACACUUUUGUAUUGGCUUUUAGUUCUGGUCAUUCAAGCCACAUGGCAAGCUGAUUUGACAGCUUUUUUAACUAGGAAUGUUAUACAAGUACCUGUAUCAUCGCUGGAAGAUCUUGCCAGUUCAUCAUUAUCAUUGGCAGCUGUUAAAAACAGUGGUACAGUGAAAAUGUUUCAGACUGCAACUGCCAAUGAAUUUCAAUCAAAUAUAUAUCGAAGAAUCAUGGAAAAUCCGACCAUUCUCAAUAACUUACAAGAAGCUAUAGCUUAUGUCCGUAACAGCACAAAAAAUGUUGUACUAGAUGACAGAAUACAAUUAAUGCAUAGUUUGCCUGAGAAUGAAGAAGCUUUGACAGUUGUCGACGAUAAAAAAGUUAUUGUACCAUUCGGAUUCGCUGUAAGAUUAGGUGAAGAGUAUGCUCCACUAAUGUUGAAUUUUAUGUCAAUUCUUCGCGAAAGAGGAGUUAUUGAUCAUUUGCUUGAGAAAUGGAAUGUUGAAAAAAUAAAAGACACUUCAAAUGUUGCUACUUUUAACUUAGUUACACUUCGCAAUAUGGCUGGUGCUUUUAUUGUACUUGCUGUAUUCGUUGUAACAAGCUUGAUCGUUUUAGUGAUUGAAAUACAAUGGCAUAAACAUUCAUUAAAGAAAGCGAAACUCCAUCCAGAAUCAAAAAAGCCUACUGAUGGCCAUCCAUCCUUAUGGCGACGUUUUACACAUCCGUCAGAGGAAAUACCUAAGCCAAAAUUAGACUUAUCACGUAAUCCUACACUGAAACAGUUAAGAUAUGCUGGACAUAGAAGAGCUUCAGCAGCAUUUGACGCUACAGUCAUCACAGCUGAAAAUCAAACUGAAUCCAACUUAGAAUAG